AUGUUCCGCGCUCGGCCAAACUCGUCCGUCCGACUGAAGUCUCGGCCAAAGUCCAAAACCACUCGGCCGAUCACGCACACGACGCGGUCGGCCACGACUCAACCGCGCACGACCAAAGCGCGCGAGCCGGGAAGUAAGCCUCGCGGCCGCGCAACUCGCUUCAGUACCGCGCACGAACGCUCCGUCCGACCCGGGAAAGAACGUCCCGCGUCCGGCCGAGAAUUUCAUCGGCCAAAUCUAUCCGCUCGACCACGCCGACCGACCGUGAAUCCGUCCGACCCCGACCGUUCCGACUCGGCCACAACCCGAUUGUCCGGCCGAUCGUCCCGCACGACCGUCCCAACGCCGCGGUCGACCCGAAGCCCUUUUUGA